UUUGACAGAUAAAUGCUAGACCGCGCCGCAGAAUGCGUUCAAUCAUCUGUUAUUAAACGACCAUUUGCAAUUAUCGAACUCAAUUGACAUCGACAAUCGCAUCACAUAUCGAGACAUAUCGAGCACAAGAUGGCGUCAUAGAAUAGGCGCUUUGCUAUUUGGCGCGAUAUUCAAAAUUCAAUUUCAUGUGAAAAUUAUUUAAAUCCAUUUUUCCAUUAAUUUAAACAAUUUUUAAUUAAUGAAAAAAAUUAUGCAAUGCAUGAUUAAACAUAAUGAAAAAUUGUAUUCGAUAUGUUUCUUUUUUUUAAUUUUUUUUUAAAUUUCUUAAUUUAAAAAUGAUAUUGCAAACAAAUAAAAAUGACGAUCAAUCGUAAUCUUAAAAAUCUUUUUGACACUAUUCUGAAUUUGUGACAAAUAGAUAUUUUUAGAUCAAGUAAAAGUAUAUUUCGUAUCUUCUAGAAUGUAGAUAAUUUCGUCAUCUAACUAGAAAGAUCGAUUUCUACAGAUUAUUUUUAAAAAGUAGAAUCUUUACUUAACCCAAAAAAUAUAAUAUUCGUAGAAUAUUUUUAAAUAUAUUAUAUGAAAUGUGUUUUUGGUUAAUCGCAUAAUUUGAUGCUAUGUUAUUUCGAAUUCAUUUUUUACACGUUGAAAGAUAUUUUCUCUAUUGGAAUGCACAGCCGUUUAAAACAGUUGCGAUGACAGCGGCACGUGUCAUGGCGAGUGUGUUGUUAUAAACGAAAGUCGUAUACUGUUAGUCGUAGAUAGAAUUGAAAGCUAUCAAUUACAAUAUUCAAAAUGAAGGAAGAAACAGUGUUAAGUUUAAAGUGGCACAGUUUUCCAUCGCAUUUGGCGGUUUCUCUCGAUACAUGCUAUGAGAAGCAACAGUUUGUAGAUCUUUCUUUAGUAUGCAAAGAUGGGACAAUUAUAAAAUGUCAUAAAAUGGUAUUGGCUAAUUCGAGCUCAUUUUUCCGUCGUUUACUAGUUGCCAACGAUCAUCCUCAUCCUAUGAUUAUUCUUCACGAUAUUGAAGCAGACGAUCUCAAGACUAUCGUCAAUUUUAUGUACUGCGGUGAAAUACAAGUGGUUCAAAGUGAGGUUAGAAGGUUGUUAAAGUUGGCCGAAAUUUUGGAAGUCACUGGAUUACGACAUAUUAAAACUUCCGUUUUGGUAGGAGAAUCGAAUAACGCAUCUCAUGAUACAUCCAGGAAAACAACUACAGUAUCUCGUUUAAAAAUCGAAGAAACAAAGAGUCUACCUACCAAAACAGUACCUGAUCAUGAUUCUAAUAUUAGAUCACAAACUAAAACUAACAAUCAAACAAAAUUUACUUCAUCUACUCACCUUCAUAAAAGUGGAAAUAAAGUUCCACUAGAGGUUACUAAGAAAAAUGAAGAGGCUAAUAUUAAUUUAUUAAGUCAAUGUUUAGAUACAGGAAAAUCUGGAAUCAGUAUUGUAGACAUUAAUGAUAUGCCAAGUACUAGUAGAGGAAUUUCCAACCCACCGCCUCAAAAAAGAAAAGAAUCCUCUGAAUCUGUUAUUAGUUGGCCUCGUGUUUUAUCUGCUAUAUCAAAGGAUAAAUCUUUACCUUUGAAAAAAUUAUGUAUUAUGGAUGAAGUUGAAAUUACAGCUGGAAAACCAUCUGCAACUAAUCAAGAGUUUCAGAGGAAUGAACCUUUAGACAGAAGAAAACAAAGGACUAAUUCGGAAAGCAAUGAAUCGAUGAAGUGUGCAGUUUACAUAAAAGACGAGGUGGAUAUAUUUGAAAUGGAAGAAGAUGCAGAUAUGGAUCCUCUUGAAGUUGAAGAAAUAGAAAAUGAAAGUUCAGAUACUAUUAUGGGUUCUUCUCAAAUUUUUCCUGUCACAAAUGUGGAACAAACGUAUUAUAAUGCAGGAACACUUUCGGAAUAUCCUCCAAGAAAAGGAUCUAAUGGUUAAUACAUAAAACACUGUGUUUUAAAAUUGAAAUUAUUGAUAUAUAUUGCUUUGAAUAUAACACUUAGACUGAAUAAAACUUUUUUGUGAUUAUAAAUCUUUUUUAACCAAAAAAGCUGCAAAAUUUCAAUAUAUAUAAAUUAACCAUAAUUCACUAUCAUACUUGUUACUUUCUUACAUGAUCUUGUUCAUUUUAUAAUAAAUCAAUUCAAAAUAAA